UAUGGGCUGAAGGAGAGUAGGCGGUCUCUCGCUCAGGACCUCGUUCCUCCCUUCAGUUACAGCAGACACGCUGCAUGGUCCACGAGUCUCGCCGCAUUCAGCUAGUCACUUGUACUGCUUUGAUCCUACUCCAUUAAACACCCAGACAGGAAGGAGACUCAUCCAGAGCACUCAGCUUUUUCAAUUAUUUAUGAAGUUUUUUUCAUCCUGGGUAUUAGAAGAGGCACUAGUGAAGAUUCUAUGGCCAGCCACCCACUGUUGCUGUACUAGUCAACUUGUCGUGGCCAUACCGCUCCAGGUACAUCAUGGGCGACAUAGACCAGAUGCACUUCACUGCAGUGGACUAUGCUAUCUUCGUGCUGCUCCUUGUAGCUUCAGCGGGCAUUGGCCUGUUCCAUGCAUUUUCAGGGGGCCGCCAGAGCACCACGCGCGAGUUUCUGCUGGCUGACCGCAGCAUGAGCUGCCUACCUGUGUCACUAUCCCUGCUUGCCACCUUCCAGUCGGCUGUAGCUAUCUUGGGUGCACCGGCUGAAAUCUAUGCUUACGGCACGCAGUACUGGUUCUUGGGCUGCUCCUACUUCCUGGGCCUGCUCAUCCCAGCACACAUCUUCAUCCCUGUUUUCUACCGCCUGCGUCUUUCCAGCGCCUACCAGUAUCUAGAGCUUCGUUUCAAUAAAACUGUACGGAUAUGUGGCACUGUCACCUUCAUCUUUCAGAUGGUAAUCUACAUGGGAGUGGUGCUGUAUGCUCCUGCGCUUGCACUGAAUGCAGUAACUGGUUUUGACCUCUGGGGGGCUGUUCUGGCAAUGGGUCUUGUGUGCACACUAUACACAACACUGGGUGGCCUGAAAGCAGUCAUCUGGACAGACGUGUUCCAGACAGUUGUAAUGUUUGCUGGGCAGCUGGCUGUGAUCGUGGUGGGCACCCAUCAGGCAGGUGGCAUGGCUGAGGUGUGGAUGAAAGCCCAGAAUGGCAGCCGUAUCUCAGGCAUCGAGCUGAACCCUGACCCCCUGGAGAGGCACACAUUUUGGACAUUGGCUGUUGGGGGCAUCUUCCUCAUGCUGGCACUCUAUGGAGUGAACCAGGCUCAGGUCCAGCGAUAUCUCAGCUCCCGCUCUGAAAGAGAGGCCAUCAUGUCCUGCUAUGUGGUGUUUCCAUGCCAGCAGAUAGUCCUGGCACUUGGUUGUCUCAUGGGACUGGUCAUGUUUGCCCGCUACGGUGAAGACAGUCCUUUGGACAAGGGCUACGUUCAGACCAAUGACCAGAUGGUGUUGUAUUUUGUGAUGGAUGUGCUCAGAGACCUUCCUGGUUUGCCUGGACUGUUUGUUGCUUGUCUUUUCAGUGGGGCUCUCAGCACAAUUUCAUCUGCCUUCAACUCCCUGGCGACGGUUACUAUGGAAGAUCUGAUUAAGCCCUUUUAUCCUGGCAUGACGGAGGCACGAGCCACACUGAUGUCCAAAGGCCUUGCUCUUGGCUAUGGACUGGUGUGUCUAGCUAUGGCCUACAUCGCUUCUCUAAUGGGCUCUGUGUUACAGGCAGCACUCAGUAUUUUUGGGAUGGUUGGUGGGCCUCUUCUUGGCCUCUUCUGUCUAGGCAUGUUCUUUCCCUGGGCCAACUCUAUUGGAGCAGUGACUGGCUUGGUAGCAGGACUAAUUAUGGCUUUCUGGAUUGGCAUUGGCAGCUUUGUCUCCCGUAUGCAAGCACCAGGAACACCCAUAUUUAACACCACAAUCAUUCAUGACACAGGCAACACAACUGCCAUCAUGACUACUGUCAUCAGCUCUAUUACAGCAAAACCCAGGCCCACUGGACUGCAGGCUCUCUAUUCGUUGUCCUACAUGUGGUAUAGCGCUCACAAUUCAGCCACAGUUGUAGUGGUAGGACUGUUGGUCAGCCUUCUUACUGGACCCUGGAAAGAGAAGGAUUUGACCCCAGGUACUGUUUACCCUGUGUUUGGAAUGCUGCUGUUCUUUCUACCUGAGCGUUACAGAGAGAAGCUGUGCUGUGUUACUCCUCUGGAACACAAGUCCAAGGACCUGGAUAGGCAGCCGUAUCAAAAUGGAAAGAAAGAGAAUGGAAUUGUCCAAAUUCAGGAUGAAGACAAGAAUGAACAGGAGGAGUCGAAAACCUCACAGGCUUCUGGCAAGCUGGUGAAUGUGGAGCAGGAGACGGCUUUGUGAUUUUCUGUAAAUUCAUUAUAUAACAGAUGCUUAAGGCCAUAUUUAUUGUUAUAUGAACCGAAAAAAAUUGCCAUGAUGAUGUUAACUGUCCAGGUCGUACCUUUGCACAAUCUUUUGUUGUAUGUUGUAAUGAUAAGGCAGUACUGAUGAAUUCAGCACUUCACUCAUGAAGUAAGAUGUGUGUGAAAUGUACAAUUCAUUUUCUGUAUGAGUAGAUAAAUGUGACAUGACAAUUGACCAAUUAAGCAAACAGCCACAGCAUUUGCACAUUUCGUAGAAAAUGAAGAGCUAUGUCUAAGUGACUAGAAGCAAAAGAAUAUUAAUAGAAUAAAAACACAUACUAGGAGCAUUUCAUUACCUAUUUUCAAUACAGUGUGUGUGGCCCAUUUUUGUAUUUAAGCUGGUUUGUUUGAUAUGCGCGUCCCAGACAAAAAUCAGGAGCUUAUGUCAUUUCUUUCGUAUUACCCACCUUAAUAGUCAUACAACCUCUGAGUCUGGUCAACGGCUGACAAAUCCAGUUUUAUGCUAAGUUAUAUUCAUUGACAUUGAACAGUAAGUCACUAUUAUUGGUGAAUGUGACAUUUUUUGUCUGGGGAACAAAAUUUAUCUGUACUGCUGGGUUUAGUUGCCAUUAGCCUUUAUACAUUACUACAGAAACUCUUAGUGUCUGAACUACUGAGCAAAAGGCUUAAUAAUUUUUAAAUGACCCCAUAAAAGACUUUUUGAGAGGGAGGAUGCUGCUCCUGGGGAACUUCACCAUUCAUUGCAUUUAUUUGAUGUCAUUGCUACAAUCAAUUGCUUAAUUGUUCCAAACUUCAGCACUCAUACUUCAUUGUAAACAUCUCCACAUAGAAAUGUAUUAUGAUUGCACUGUGCUAAUGUUUUUUGUGUUUGGAAAAGUUUUGUUGGCAGUAGGAAUGUGCUGAUAUAAACUUUUCCAGCACCCAUAAUUGUCUAAUGGUUUAUGAUAUAACAAUAUUGUAUGUUAAAAAAUUCUUUAUUACUAAAAACGUUUUGCAGAUUGAUCACUAAUUAUGUUAGUUCUAUUAGUGUUUUUAUGGAUAUGGAUGGAAAUGGCUCUCAUUUGGUGAAGAGAAUUAUGGGAUUGCUGCUGAGAAGGAUAUUUGCAGUGCUGUCAAGUUAGCCAAAAUGAGAUGCCAUAUACUGCCUUUCAGAUGGAAAGCACAGGCUGUUACAAUAUGUUAUGUGGCUUUGUCUGUGUUGAAUAUUGUGAAUAUAUGGUAGAACUUUAUUAACUUUAACAUUAUUAUGCCUAGUUAGCAUUUUAAAAAUUCCUCAUCAAAACACUUGAAAAGAUUUCUACGUGGUCAGCAGCAUGGGCAUCUUAAAAUCUUAAUGGGAACUGGGAAAUGGGAAUAAUGGGAACUACAGGUGAAAUGCCUGGGUUAUGCUGGAAGAGUCCACCAAAGACAAUCUAAAUAUGUGAUGAAAGUUUUUCAUCACAUAUUGUGGGUCAGUGAGGAGGGUGUUUUUUUUUUUUGUUUUUUUUUUUUGUUUUUUUGAUAAGCACAUGAUGUGUGUUUAACUUUCUAAAUACAGGCAUCCUGUAUAUUGAAUACUGAAACCUGCUGGCCAGUUAUUGA